UGGCCCUCUCCCUUGGCUCCACCACCGCCUUCGUUGCUCCAAUCGGCCGCGGAGCCUCGUGGUCCCUGGCCAACCCUCAGCGUGCCGUCAGGUCGUCCACGUCCGCCGCAGCCACGCGCCACAACACUCUCCGCCGGUCGUCGGCAAUGCCGGCCACGUCUUCUCUCCGCAUGGUGAGCAAGGUCGCGGAGCAGAAGGCGGCCAAGCUCCGAGAGACCGCAGCCGCCUUCCGCGCGGAAGCUGCCGAGCUGGAGGAGAAGCAGGCGCGAGAGCGACGCGAGAACGCCCUGCGAUCGUUCAACACCUUCGAUUCCAACAAGGACGGAUCGGUGGACAUCGCCGAGCUCAAGGCAGGACUCGAAAGCCCGCUGCGUCGGAGCUUCACGAAGACGCUGCAGGCUCGCAUGGGGCGCAAGCCGUCGAAAGAAGAAGUGGACGAACGCAUCGCCGGCCUCCCGGGAGGUACCCUCUUCCCCGACGAACUCGCACUCAAGCUCAUCCAGACCUACGACCAGAACGGGGACGGCCUGCUGCAGCAGUCAGAGUUCGCCCCCACGGAGGAGCUCAGGACGAGGCUCGAGAACCUCUUGAGCCAGCAGCGGGAGGACGAGCGCCUGGCGCGCCUGGAGGAGCGCCAGCGCCAGAUGGACGACAAGAUGAGGCCGGACACAGGGGCGGUGGUGGUAUCUCCCGGCGAUGUCAACGACGGCCCGGCCACUACCGCCGACAAGGCGCUGUCCGCGCUGCCGUACCUGCUUCCGCUAGCUGAUGGCAUCUUGUUCGCCGCCCACCUGUUCGGCGCGUUCCCGGAGCAGACGGCGUGGGCGCAGCCGCUGGCCGCCGUGCUGCUGGCGCUGCGGUCGUUGCCGUUCGCGACUCUGAUCGGGUUCUUCAGCCUGUCCAUCGGCUCCAGCAACCCGCGGGUCAACAAGCUCGUGAGGUUCAACAUGCAGCAGGCCAUCAACCUGGACAUCGCUCUGAUCUUGCCGGGGGUAGUGGGUGCGAUCACGGGGGGGAUGUUGGGGGCCGAUGCUGUCAAGCUGGCGCCUUUGUCGAACGCGGGGUCGGACGUGGUGUUUGUGGCGUUGUUGGCGGCCGUGGCGUACUCCGUGGGCACGUCGGCGACGGGUCGUUCCCGAACAAGCUUCCGUUGUUGGGGCGUUUGAACCGCGAGAACCCCGACAACGAGCAGGAGGGCGGCGAGGAGUAGAGGAUGACAAAGUGGUUCGUUGCUGAUGUUUCGGAUUCGAAUGUAAGGUGGGGUCUGAAUACUUCGCGUCUUUUUUUGUUUCCCCGAUGAAUGCUCACGACUCUCCUUCUUUUUCUCGGUUGGUUCCGUUCCGCCAGAGAUGGGUUCGGAGGUUAUCCUGUACGUACGGUGGUUAUUGUAGUUGUUUUUUUUUCGUGGUGUGUGGUGUUUGUCGGUCCUGUAUGUGCGAUAGAGAUGCGUGAUAGAAGUAUAAUUUUUUCGUGUGCAGAAGUCUUGUAGGGAGCGUGCCUGCGUUGUGGUAUUGAGUGAGUGCGAUGUUUUGAUCGUCAGUGCCUUAGGUUAGGACGUACUGUACGACUUGUGUUUGAUACCAGCUUCAUCAUGACGGGCUUCAGUUCCAAACAGUGUCUCCCAUUGAUGCUGACGGCUGGGACACGGCCGAGUGUCGGUUCAUGUCAAGGAGUGUCUGCCAGUUCGGCCUGUUUUGCGUGACGUUACUUUGACGAUGUGUCAAAGAGAACAAAAUCGAAUGAUGAACAAGAAACAAAUCG